AUGAGCACCAUGCUGUUCAUCGCUGGUUUCAUCCUUGCUAUUGUGGUACCGGUAGGUGUCGUGCUUGUGGCAAUCUUUCUCUCAUCUCCGCGAUCUGAGCCUUCAGCACCUUCAGUCUGCCGCUACCCAGAAUGGAGCGGUGCUGGCUGGACCGGAGCGCUCACCGCUAAAUUUGGAAUCGCUGGAACCGCAGUGAUGCAGUCGAAAAUGACAUCGCCGCUACCCUGGGUGGGAGAGUCCGGGGUCCGGACUAACGCAUUCGCAAGGUGGACGGUGGACACCGGCAAGUGCAUACAGAUUUCGCAGGCAAGCCAGCGGAUGGCCGAGGUAGCAGACUGUGCCACCUCCUUCUCGGGCUUCGUGUUCCAAGGUCUUGCAGGUCAACUUCGCUUGAUGAUUGAGCCAGAGUUCUGUCUGACUGGAACAAACGCAACACUCAAGGUGUCCUCUUGCUCUUCCAUGCCGGAUCCGACUCAAAAUUUUACCUUGCACGAGGUGGGGCACUGCGAGGGCGAUCAGCCAGUCUAUGCCCUGGCUGUGGGUGAUGGCACUGAGUGCAUAUCGCUUCAGGACACGGAUGACCGGCUUGUCUUGCAGGAUUGCAACACGAAGCCUCUGGGUCUGAAGCUGGUCCGCCUGUACAACGAGGAAGCUCUGGACUUGCGCAUCAACCCGAACUACGAGGACAACUUCGCAGGGGAACUGGGCGAGACGUACAUGGGGAAUCCUGGUGUUCAACUGCCCUGGGAUGUGGCUCACCUGGUUCAGUAUCCCUGGGCCGGGGACCACUGCGCCCAAACGGUGCCGCACGUCAGUGGGUCGCAAUCAUGCUACAGCCAGUUCCGGGCCUCGUCCGAUGGCAUGUCGGAGCAGUGCGAUUCUGAAAAUGUCACCCUCUUGGGUGAUGGUGCUGGCUGCAGCGGCUUCUGCGAUGUGGCCUCCAACGACAGACCAUGCUCUUGUGGAACUUUGUCCUGUCCCGGAUGCCUGAGCGGCUUCGGCUACACGGCUGUGACCAACUCCUCCUGGCUUCCACCCGGAUGUAUUUUCGUAGGCUGCACCCGUGGGGCCGAUCCUGCGCGUCCUGAAGGAACCUUCAAUCCUCUCCUAAUCCCAGGUGGUUUGAACAUCCGCACCUGUCCGGACAACAUCCUCGAUGGAAGGAGCCCGUGGACUCAAGUGGCGCCAAUCUCGGCGCCCAGGUGCGAGGUCAACGCGGCCUGUGCAAAUGAACAGUUCGUUGGGACGAUGGUUCUCUCGGGUGAGAACUUCAGUUUCUGUUGCCCUGGCGAAACCUCGAACCCAUUCUCUGCUUUGGGCUUGGGCUACUUCGGCCUCAUGCCGGAAAACGGCCACUACGGCGAGCCGGCGGUGACAUGCAACGCCACCGGUUGCAGCUAUCGACCAAGCUGUGCGUGCCCGUUGUCCGUCCCAUCCUUGAACAUUCGGGUGACCGGCCCCUCCACCUCCUUGGGUGUGGUGUUCGUCCCGGCGGUGUCUGCUUACGACGAAGCACAAGGGCUCAGCUACGGCAGCGAAAGGAUUGUUGUGGCUCCGGACCUGGAUGCGGCCUCCACGCUUCGGAUCUACGCCGUUGCGGUUGGUGCAGAUGACAGCUUCCAUGUGGGGAACAACGUGAGCCUCAACUCUCCCGGCAUCCAAGAUUUCAUCAACAACUGUGGCCUUCCAUGCGAAAGGCGCCAUGAGUGCCCGGCCAUCACGCUGCCGUACUACCCGGGGUUUGGUGGGCCAAAGGAGAUCAACCCUAGCGGCCAGUGGGAUGUGAAGCAGCCUCCGCCCAGCAUCUUCGAUGACCGGCGCAUUCUCAUUGCCCCCAGGCUCAGGAACAGCAGCUUGAAAAUGGGACCCGUGUUCAUCGGAAACCCAGGGAAGACCUAUGUGGGGACGAAUCCGGACCUUCGGGGCAUCUUCCAUGGAGUGGAGGGUCGGAAGACCACGGGUCCAGGAAGCUCACCUGGGGGCACCACGAGUGUCGGCACGGAGUGGCUGAAAGCUUUCUUCCAAUGCAAGGAAAGCCUGGCUACCGGCACCGAAUACGACCCUCGCAUUUGGUAUUGA